AGGAGGAGUGGUCGAAAUGUUCUGUGGUCACAUCUUUUCUAUAAGAUAGCCGUUCAAUUAUUUCUCUGUGACACAUUUCUGUUAAGGAUAGCUGCGGACUUUCCCCAGUGACGCAUACGAUUUCUACGAUGAAAGUGAAAAGUUCUCCGUCACGUCGUCCAUGAGGAUAGCCCGUGUCCAUUGUCAGACAAGUACGUGCAGAAGAUAAGCUGUUACCAUUUUCUGUAAAUCCUUGUUGGGAUGCUUGACUCGUCAAAGCUAAGGGUGGGUUUUUUUUUGGUUGGGUUUUUUUUUUUUUUUUCCUUUACGUGAUAUCGGCUUUGGAUUAAAAAGCUGCGGUACAUGGCAACUUUCAAUGACGCUUGUGUUUCCAGCCCCUUCGGUAUGAGUUUAACAUUGUGUCUUAUGUGUUGAUAUUGAUAAUUGUUGGUACUGAUAUGUGUUGGUAUUGAUAUGUGUUGAUAUUGAUAUGUGUGGAUAUGGAUAUGUGUUGAUAUUGAUAUGUAUUAAUACUGAUAUGUGUUGGUAUUGAUAUGUGUUGAUAUUGAUAUGUGUUGAUAUGGAUAUGUGUUGAUAUUGAUAUCUAUUGAUACUGACAUGUGUUGAUACUGAUAUGUGUUGAUAUUGAUAUUUGUUGAUACUGACAUGUGUUGAUAUUGAUAUGUGUUGAUAUUUAUAUGUGUUGAUACUGAUAUGUGUUGAUAUUGAUAUUUGUUGAUACUGAUAUGUGUUGAUACUGACAUGUGUUGAUACUGAUAUGUGUUGAUAUUGACAUGUGUUGAUAUUGACAUGUGUUGAUAUUGACAUGUGUUGAUAUUGACAUGUGUUGAUACUGAUAUGUGUUGAUACUGACAUGAGUUGAUACUGACAUGUGUUGAUACUGGCAUGUAUUGCUAUUGACAUGUGUUGAUAUUGAUAUGUGUUGAUAUUGACAUGUGUUAAUAUUGACAUUUGUUGAUACUGACAUGUGUUGAUACUGACAUGUGUUGAUAUUGACAUGUGUUGAUAUUGACGUGUGCUGAUACUGACAUGUGUUGAUACUGACAUGUGUUGAUACUGCCAUGAGUUGAUGCUGACAUGUGUUGAUACUGACAUGUGUUUAUACUGACAUGUGUUGAUACUGCCAUGAGUUGAUACUGACAUGUGUUGAUACUGAUAUGUGUUGAUAUUGACAUGUGUUGAUAUUGACAUGUGUUGAUAUUGACAUGUGUUGAUAUUGACAUGUGUUGAUAUUGACAUGUGUUGAUACCGACAUGUGUUGAUAUUGACAUGUGUUGAUAUUGAAAUGAGUUGAUACUGACAUGUGUUGAUACUGACAUGUGUUGAUAUUGACAUGUGUUGAUAUUGACAUGUGUUGAUAUUGACAUGUGUUGAUAUUGACAUGUGUUGAUAUUGAUAUGUGGGACGUUCAUACAUUCAUUACGUACUUGUUUUAAGAGCACAUCUCAACUUGACCAAACUGAUCGCCCACGCGACUCUGUCGUGCAGAGAAAGCUCCCGUUGUUGUUGUUGUUGUUGUUGUUGUUGUUGUUGUUGUUGUUGUUGUUGUUGUUGUUGUUGUUGCUUUCAAUUUGUAAGGUGAGCGUUGGGCGGGACGGCCAAGUGGGUGUCGUUAAAUCGAAUUAAACGAAUAGUGGAGGGGGUGGGGUGCAGGGGUAAUUUGCUAAUUGACUUUUUAAAUACCAGUAAUAUGCUUCCACUGUCACGCCUUAAUCGAUUUUGUGAUGUUGACUUAGCAACAGUAAUAAGGGUUGCAGUAGUCAUCUCUCGAUGUGUUGUAGUAGUCAUCUCUCGAUGUGUUGUAGUAGUGAUCUCUCGAUGUGUUGUAGUAGUCAUUUCUCGAUGUGUUUUAAUAGUCAUCUCUCGAUGUGUUGCAGUAGUCAUUUCUCGAUGUGUUGUAGUAGUCAUUUCUCGAUGUGUUGCAGUAGUCAUUUCUCGAUGUGUUGUAGUAGUCAUUUCUCGAUGUGUUUUAAUAGUCAUCUCUCGAUGUGUUGUAGUAGUCAUCGCUCGAUGUGUUUUGGUAGUCAUCUCUCGAUGUGUUGCAGUAGUUAUCUCUCGAUGUUUUGUAGUUGUCAUCUCUCAGUGUAUUGCAAUCAGUGUGUUGCAAUCAGUGUAUUGCAAUCAGUGUGUUGUAAUCAGUGUGUUGCAGUCAGUAUAUUGCAAGCAGUGUGUUGUAGUCAGUGUGUUGUAAUCAGUGUGUUGUAAUCAGUACGUUAUAUUCAGUGUCUUACUAAUGCCCAUGACCUGUGAAGAUGCCCCUAAUCAAAAUCGAUAGUCUGUACCAGAAAACAAAGGCGAAAAAUUCCAUGUCACUGUUUAAUUCAACAACCCGACCACAGAGUUGAUUUAAGUAUUUAUUGAAGCGAUCACAGCGUCUUGACAACGUUGAUAGAUUGAUCUGAUCGGACAGACUGGUCACGCUGGAUUGAUUAGUCUGCUCGGACAGAUGAGUCACGCUGGAUUGAUUUGUCUGAUCGGACAGAUUGGAUUAGAUUUCAAUCUAUUCAUUUUCGACCGCAUAUAAUUAAAAGUAUUUAACACUCGCCAGUUCCCGUCAUACGUCAAGUGCUACUUGACGAGACAUGCAUUCAAGACAUACGAGACACGCAUUCAAGUCAUACGAGACAUGCAUUCAAUUCAUACGAGACAUGCAUUCAAGUCAUACGAAACAUGCAUUCAAGUCAUGCGAGACAUGCAUUCAAGUCAUACGAGACAUGCAUUCAAGUCAUACGAAACAUGCAUUCAAGUCAUACGAGACAUGCAUUCAAGUCAUACGAGACAUGCAUUCAAGUCAUACGAGACAUGCAUUCCAGUCAUACAAGACAUGCAUUCAAGUCAUAUGAGACAUGCAUUCAAGUCAUACGAGACAUGCAUUCAAGUCAUACGAGACAUGCAGUCAAGUCAUACGAGACAUGCAUUCAAGUCAUACGAGACACGCAUUCAAGUCAUACGAGCCAUGCAUUCAAGUCAUACGAGACACGCAUUCAAGUCAUACGAGAAAUGCAUUCAAGUCAUACGAGACAUGCAUUCAAGUCAUACGAGAAAUGCAUUCAAGUCAUACGAGACAUGCAUUCAAGUCAUACGAGACAUGCAUUCAAGUCAUACGAGACAUGCAUUCAAGUCAUACGAGACAUGCAUUCAAGUCAUACGAGACAUGCAUUCAAGUCAUACGAGACAUGCAUUCAAGUCAUACGAGACAUGCAUUCAAGUCAUACGAGACAUGCAUUCAAGUCAUACGAGACAUGCAUUCAAGUCAUACGAGACAUGCAUUCAAGUCAUACGAGACAUUCAUUCAAGACAUACGAGACACGUAUUCAAGUCAUACGAGACACGCAUUCAAGUCAUACGAGCCAUGCAUUCAAGUCAUACGAGCCAUGCAUUCAAGUCAUACGAGACAUGCAUUCAAGUCAUACGAGACAUGCAUUCAAGUCAAACGAGCCAUGCAUUCAAGUCAUACGAGACAUGCAUUCAAGUCAUACGAGACACGCAUUCAAGUCAUACGAGACACGCAUUCAAGACAUACGAGACACGCAUUCAAGUCAUACGAGACAUGCAUUCAAGUCAUACGAGACAUGCAUUCAAGUCAUGCACUUUAGAAGAAUUUUAAUGACUCCUACCCCCACCCCCCCAACCACCGCACACUUUAUUAACGGUACUGAACUCUAUUCAAAUGUUCAUGUCAGGUCUUCUUUUUGACCAUUACACAUCUCCACUGACUUGAUCAUUACACAUCUCUGCUGACUUGAUCAUUACACAUCUCUGCUGACUUGAUCAUUACACAUCUCUAUUGACUUGAUCAUUACACAUCUCUAUUGACUUGACCAUUGCACAUCUCUAUUGACUUGAUUAUUACACAUCUCUAUUGACUUGAUCAUUACACAUCUCUAUUGACUUGAUUAUUACACAUUCUCUACUGACUUGACCAUUGCACAUUCUCUACUGACUUGACCAUUGCACAUUCUCUACUGGCUUGAUCAUUGCACAUCUGUACUGACUUGAUCAUUACACAUCUCUAUUGACUUGAUCAUUACACAUCUCUAUUGACUUGAUCAUUACACAUCUCUACUGACUUGAUGAUUGCACAUCCCUAUUGACUUGAUCAUUACACAUCUCUAUUGACUUGAUUAUUGCACAUCUCUAUUGACUUGAUCAUUACACAUCUCUAUUGACUUGACCAUUACACAUUUCUAUUGACUUGAUCAUUACACAUGUCUUUUACCUUGACCAUUACACAUCUCUUCUGACUUGACCAUUGCACAUCUCUACUGACUUGACCAUUACACAUCUCAUCUCUAUUGACUUGACCAUUACACAUUUCUCGAACUCUCCACAGCAUCAGAGAUUGUUGUUGUUUUUGUCUCAAGUGAUUUAAUCACUGACAAAGGAAUCUUGCCGACUCGUCCGUUGUUUCCAUGUUUCGAUGUCAUCAGUUGUUCCCUCCCCUGUAUUACUUAUUCCUGUCAAAUACAGAGUUAGCCAUAUACAGUUUGCCAUACAGAGUUGGCCAUACAGUUGUUCAUACAGGGCUUUGCCAUACAGAGUUGCUCCUUACACAGUUGCGCCUUAUAAAAUUGCCCCAUAACCAGUCCACCGUUGCCCCACACAGAAGCACCAGAGGUUUACAUGUGCUGGGCACUAAAAGAGUUCAUUUAAAUCAGGGAUCUCAAACUCAAAUAAUCAAGGGGUCGCAGGAGGUAGAUUCUGAGUGAGACUGUGCGGCAUCAAAUUUCCACAAAAAAGUUAAUAAAAAUUCAUUAAAGUGUUACAAUCAUCUCAACCUUUAUUAAUAAAUUAAAACAUUAAGGGUUCUCAAGAACUAGGCUUCGAUUUCUUCCUCAUACUCCUUUGUGCCAGAGACCUGGCAGCGCUUGUUCUUACACAGCUGAGCAACAUUUGGCUUGAGUUAGGAAGCAACUGAGCACCUCGAUAUAGCUUAAAGAUUCCCAUCAGUAAGUUUGGCCCUGAACUUUGACUUGUUAAAGUUUAUAGUGGGAAAAGAGCUUUUCACACAUAUAGGUACUCCAAAAAAGGCUCAUGAUCCGCUUGAACAACCUGAAAAUUUCAGAGAAGGUGGAAGGCAAUGCUCUCAUAAAUUGUCCAUGCUUGUCUGUUUUUCCAUUCACCUCCCUGAACUGAGGAUCAAUCAGCUCCAUUUUAAAGGCCAAAAAAGGGAUGGAUGGGGUAAUCUUCCACAUUGAAGGAGAAAGGGUCAGCAAAACGUUUUAAAAAAUUACCCUGUGUGUUUUGAAAUUUAAAAACAUGUGACCAAAUUCUUCCGUGGCCUUGCAAAGGCAUCAGUACACUUACUACUUUGCAUGUUCGGGAAUGGCAGAGGUUUCCCUAACACCAUAAAACCAUAAGUUUUGUGCAGAAAGCCCUGACAUUGGCAUAGACACCACUGACAUGCUACCCCUAGUCUAUUCACUUCUUGUUGAGUACAUUCAGCUCCUGUGUAAUGUCAACAAGGAAAGCCAAGUCCAUGCACCAUUUUGGGAUCAAUUAGAGCAGGCAAAACCACUCCGUCCCCCUCCAUGAAGGCUUAAUAUGCUAACAUGUUUUCAAAGAGUAGGCAGGAGUAGGCAGGAGUAGGCAGGAGUAGGCAGGAGUAGGCAGGAGUAGGCAGGAGUAGGCAGGAGUAGGCAGGAGUAGGCAGGAGUAGGCAGGAGUAGGCAGGAGUAGGCAGGAGUAGGCAGGAGUAAGCAAUAUUUAUGAAUUGUUGAUGCGAAGGAAGAUGCUAUUGUAGGGAGAAUGAAAUUUUUUUUUAUCGUAGAAAACGCCUUUUUGACUAACCCUAUGUUUAAAAUGACCAAGCUGACAGGCUCGGAAUUUCCCUCACUCGUAAACACUAGCGUCAAUGUUAAUAGGGAUUCUUUGAUACUGUGUCAGGUUGCUACGAUUUAAACAGUUAUGGUUGUGCAUUACCUACUAAAUGACUUUUUAAAAUUUUCUCAAAACCACACUUUGUCCCAUAAAAUGCUAUAAAAUAAAAACUUUGUGUCCGAUUUUAAACGGUUUUUACCAUUAUAAUCAACGUACAAAUAUAUACAAGCGUAAUGAAAGCCAGAAUUAGACUAGUCGGUGAUAUUCGACUGAAACCGUCACGUUAUAGAUAUGAGAAUGGGGGAAACGCGCGGGCCACAUUAACACUAAACUUUUCUCGCAUGCAGCGGGCCGCAAAAUAUCGGGCCGCGAGUUUGAGACCCCUGAUUUAAAGAGUGUCAUUGUCGCGUGAGACUCCUCUUUUAAUAACCAGUUGAUAUUCUACUUAUCAACUGCUAAAGAGAUAAACAUCAUUUUUUUGUCUUUAACUCUUUGCUUAUAAAUACGUCAUUUUUCAUCUUAUCUUCGACUCCUUCGGCGGUGACGUAAUGGACCUGUCACAUCGACCAUCAAAGUCUGCUCGCGUGUGUAAGAGUCGUGUUUGUGAUGAAUGGUCCCCCCACAACCGUCUAGCGGCUUAUAUGAAAGCGUGUUUGUGAUUUGCCUCAAUCAACACAAUUUUCAAUAAGGGUUCCAUCGAUUGCUUCUGUGUUUACAGUCGACCCCCGGGGACUAAUGGUAACGUGACUUGUGGACCUGGCUAGACAGUGAGGUGGGGCUGACAGUGAGGUGGGGCUGACAGCGAGGUGGGGCUGGCAGCGAGGUGGGGCUGACAGCGAGGUGGGGCUGACAGCGAGGUGGGGCUGACAGUGAGGUUAGGCAUAAAAUAAUAGUGUGCUUAUUGUGGACUUGUGCCCAGAAGCCGAGUUGUUGUUUCCCUGAGAGCAAGAGCAUCUUCUUUUAAUAAGCUAAGUUCGUUACAAAUAUUUUAAGGUAUACAUUUCUUGCUAUUGGGUCAUCUAGAAUACUUUUUGUGUGUGUGUGUGGUUAAGGCUUUAUACGAAAAGCUUGGUUUUAAAGGAUUGUUCAAUUAUAUAAACUACUUUAUAUUCAUAGGGGCAAAAGUCCAAAUAAUGACAUAUUUUGUGUAUGAAUUUAUUAUUUUCCAGGGCAUCCCUAUCAACACGUGACAUUAUUUAUAGCGCCAGCAUCAAACCAAAUACCGUAAAACACAUUCUCUUUAACCAAGUCAAGAUGACAUCAUUAUGCAUAAACCUUACUAAUUAUUUGACGCACAGAGAUGUACCAUAUAUAUUAAAAAUUCAUUCAUUCACAGCUAAGUUUCUUGUUCUUUAGUCACGUGAUCUCUUAAUCUCCCACCCCAUCAUGUUUUUAUCCCAUUUUUUUCCAGAUUAAAUCAUGCAGGUUGUUUAUAGCGGGGGCUCUAGCCCCUCCCCACGACCUCCCCGUAAGACUGGCUACGGGCGCCCCAUACUUCCAGGGUACAUGACGCAUGUCCACCCCCAUGUCAUGGUCCACAGGUCACGUGAGAAGCCCACCGAGGGUGACCAUUCCUUGCGGGACAGCAUCCCUGCCAUGACCCAGGGCCUGGCAGCGCUGUGCCUGGUGCUCAACAUCAUCUUACCUGGAUCGGGUAAACUCAUGAUAAUAUAGACUUUAACAUUGAUAAUUUGCCUGGACCAGGUAAACACACGAUAAUAUAGACAUAAACGUCGGCCAUUUACCUGGACCAGGUAAACACACGAUAAUAUAGACUUAAACGUCGGCCAUUUACCUGGACCAGGUAAACACACGAUAAUAUAGACUUUAACAUUGAUAAUUUGCCUGGACCAGGUAAACACACGAUAAUGUAGACUUAAACGUCGGCCAUUUACCUGGACCAGGUAAACACACGAUAAUGUAGACUUUAACAUUGGCCGUUUACCUCAACGAAGUAAGCACGUGUAGAAAUAGACCUUUGUACAAAUGAGGCCAGGGGAUGCUGAGCAGUCAAGAUAACAAUUAAAUGGGUCAACAUUUUAAGCUUUCAACUCAAGACUUUAACUCUUCUAUUACAUUAAUGAUUGAUGUACACUAUAAAUAUAUAUAUCUAUAUCUGUGAAAAUCGGAACUUGGCUAUGAUUCGAAAUAAUGAACAAACUGAAUCAAAGACAUCUCAAUGAUUAGGGACCAUUCAUUGGAAAUUUCAUUUAUACAAUAAUAAAGCAAGACAUAAAGAAAAAAAAAUCAUGUUAUUAAGUGAAAACUCUAUGAUUUAUCCUGACAUGUCCAAGAAAGUACAAUUGUCUGUGACCAAGACCCUGAAUUGAUAACUCCCCCCCCCCCGGACCCCAAAUUGUUCUCCUCCAACAGGUACCGUUACAGCGGGCAUGUCGGUUCUCUUCUGCUCCUACGUCCGUCCCAAGGGUACGUCCAAAGGUCACUGUGUCUGGGUCAAUGUCGGCGUGGGCGUUGUCCAGUUCCUGCUGACCUUCAUCUUCCUGAUGGGCUGGAUAUGGAGCAUCAUGUGGGGCGUGGCUUUCAUAUCCAUAUCCAGUAGGUGCCUGCGUGCGUGUAUCUGUUGUGUGGGGGAGUGGGGAGUGGGGACACUUCUAAAGUGUUUUCUUUUGACACUUCUAAAGUGUUUUCUUUUGACACUUCUAAAGUUUUUUCUUUUGACACUUCUAACGUGUUUUCUUUUGACACUUCUAACGUGUUUUCUUUUGACAGUUCUAACGUGUUUUCUUUUGACACUUCUAACGUGUUUUCUUUUGACACUUCUAACAUGUUUUCUUUUAACACUUCUAACGUGUUUUCUUUUGACACUUCUAAAGUGUUUUCUUUUGACACUUCUAAAGUGUUUUCUUUUGACACUUCUAAAGUGUUUUCUUUUGACAUUUCUAACGUGUUUUCUUCUGACACUUCUAAAGUGUUUUCUUUUGACACUUCUAAAGUGUUUUCUUUUGACACUUAUAACGUGUUUUCUUUUGACACUUAUAACGUGUUUUCUUUUGACACUUCUAAAGUGUUUUCUUGUAAGAUGUUUCAUCCGUGUAUUUGUUUGUUUUUUUUUGUUUUUUUUUUGUUUGUUUUUUUUUUUUUUUUUUUUUUUUUUUUGUUUUUCAAAACUUUUCCCGUUAUUUAAAGUUUUUAUUUUUUUAUUUUUUAUUUUUUUUUUUUUUUUUUUUUUUUUUUUUUUUUUUUUUUUUUUUUUUUUUUUUUUUUUUUUUUUUUUUUUUUUUUUUUUUUUUUUUUUUUUUUUUUUUUUUUUUUUUUUUUUUUUGUUGUUUUUUUUGGCUUUACAAAACUAUUCCCGCUAUUUAAAGUGUUAAUUCUUUAAUUUUUUCAUCUAAAAAAAAUUUUAGUAGUUUUUUUAAUUUCAAAAUUCAAUUUAAUGUCUAUUAUUUCUUAGAAAUGUUCAUUGCAAUGAGUCAAAGCUUUCAGCACGUACAGAGUUUAUUGAUCUCUUUAUGGGGGCCAACCAUAAAUAACUUGACGCGUGGUGUGAGGGUAGGUGGUGGGAAGAAGUGGGGUGCGGAUUAUUAGGGAGGAUGCCAUUACCAGGGUGUUGUCACUUUUGACAAGUUUGCAGCGAUAAGGAGAAGUGAGUGUCAAAUAUCGCCCAAAGAGCAUGUCUUCAUUUAUGGAUGGCCCCUAUAGAAUGCACCAACUAAAUCUCUAAAAAUGUUUAUGGAUGGCCCCUAUAGAAUGCACCAACUAAAUCUCUAAAAAUGUUUAUGGAUGGCCCCUAUAGAAUGCACCAACUAAAUCUCUAAAAAUGUUUAUGGAUGGCCCCUAUAGAAUGCAUCAACUAAAUCUCUAAAAUGUUUAUGGAUGGCCCCUAUAGAAUGCAUCAACUAAAUCUCUAAAAAUGUUUAUGGAUGGCCCCUAUAGAAUGCAUCAACUAAAUCUCUAAAAUGUUUAUGGAUGGCCCCUAUAGUAGGCACAAACUAAAUCUCCAAGAUGUUUUAUAUGCGUCCUUAUUUGUGUUAUGCACUGCUGUUUCCAGGGAGAAACUAACCUAUAAUUUUAAGUUUAUGGCUCUUUCUAGGCAGUGCAUAACAAAAGACGAUACCACAUAGGGAAAAACAAUAGCAAAAGAAUGUGACGUAAACACGUCGCCUACAUAACAGCUUUAUUGAAUUAACUGUAGCUUUUUUUUUUUCCUCCAGAGGAAUGCUACAGAGAUCUGCAGCAGAGUGCAACCAGCGGUAACUCCGUGGACAAGGCGCGCCCCGGCAUGGCCACCGAGACUCGACCUGUCAACAAAACAGUGGCCAGGCAUCGCCAGGAAGCGCAGCACGACCACCGGCAAGGUCACGGACGUCAGGAGACCCAACACAACAACCGACAAGGCAAUGUUCGCCAUGACGCACACCACAAGCGGGAGGUCCAUCGGACAGCUGAGCCCUCGGCAACUCACACCAGUUCCGAUGCCCCUGGCGAAUCGGGGAAUAACACAAAGCUGCAACACGAAGCCGGGUCCACCACAGGCGGCAGCUGCAGCGCGAGCCACGAAGACAGCUGCAGCGCCAGCCACGAAGACAGCUGCAGCACCAGCCACGAAGAUGGCGGCCACUCUAAGGACCGCACUAAACAGGGCAAGAACGGUUCUGGUAUAGAAGAAGGCAAUUUGACAGGCAAAGAACGGACGGGCUCCGGCUCUGACAACACCGCCCGCCAACAGGAAGUAGUGAGACCUUUGACCAUCGUUUCCCCCGUCUACCCCCCUAUAUUAGCGCUGCAGACGUUAGCCCCCGAGCCCGGGUCCCAGCUGACCAGACCCCCUGCCCCCCACGAGACCAUCAUGAAGGCUGGGACGCGGCGUAUGAAAAUGCUGAAGCGGAAACUCAGCGACAAUGACCUUUCACCUUUCGUGCUCACCCACCAGCAGCUGGAGGCCAUCGUCAUCCACGACCUCCCCGUCAUCGCGUCGUCCUCUCACGAGGAGACGGAUGAGGGCAGAGGGCUGCCGAAAUCGUAGGGGGGCUUCUGACCGACAAUGCCGAAUGGUGCCUAAUGCUGAAAAUUAGAGGCUGCUGGAUUUCCUCUUUCCACAGGCCCAGUGUUCUUGAAACGACUGCUGCUUCAGUGUCAGUGCCUGGGAUAACUUCGUCGGGGUCAUGACCCGUGUGACCUGGCCAUUACUCAGUGUCAUCAUGUACUCGGGUGCUGAUUUGUGCCAUCUUCAGGACCUCCUGGUGUUUGGACUCUGAAAAUACGCUUGCUUAACUAUGAUACAUGUGAAUUUUUGUGGUCAUUUUGGUUGCUUGAUUGAUACACAUUUUACGCCACACUGCACUUUGCUUUACUUAAACCCUUGAAAGUGAAAGCCAAUUAUGUAUGAAAAUAUCAUUUAAUAAGAUAUGACAACUGUUGACAUGUCAGUAACGAAGACAUAAAAACUGGUUUUUAGAGAAACCAUUAGACCAGGCCUGCACAACUCAAAAUGUAAGGUGGGCUGUAAUGCUUUAUGAAAAACUUGUGCGGGCCAAAAGAAAAUAGGACAGGAUUUGUGCGGGCCAAAAGAAAAUAGGACGAAGAGGGAGGGGGGGGAGCUAUUUAGAAAAUAAUAAACAUAAAGAGUAUUUCAUUACUUUGCGGGACACAAAGUGGGUGCUGGCGGGCCACAUGCGGCCCAUUGGUCGAAUGUUGUGCAGGCCUGCAUUAGGCCAUUCUAACAGUUGCAACAGUCGAUGAAUUUUAUCAGAUAAUUGAAAUAGGUGCGCAUAGUUAGCGUAAGUUCACACCAUCAAAUUCCUUUCCAAUUAGCCUCAAAUUUGGAUCAAAUUUUUGUAUGAACACACUGUUUUGUGCCUGG